UAGAUAUAGAGUUUAAUAAUGGAAUCCAAAAAACGCGUAUGCAUCCGUCUUCCAGAAGAAUAUAAGGAAUUUUCAAAAUCUGAAGAAUGGGACCAUGGGAUUGUUGUUACAGAUCUGAAUCCACACGUGACCAAAGGUGAUCUUCACACCUACUUUCAAAAGUUCGGGACAAUUACAGAAUCUGAUAUCAGGAUUGACAAGUCGUCAGGAUGGCCGAAGGGUGUGGGCUUUGUGAGAUAUUCGUCCUCAGAGGAAGCUGAAGCAGCCAAAGCGGAUGAGCCACCAAAACUGGGAGGUUUUCCGAUUCGGAUCAACAAAAUCAUUACGCCAAAAAACCGGUUUGACAGCCAGUUAAAGACUCCUCAACACCGAUCCUUUCAGCCAGACCUGUGUGUGAACUAGACGUGGAAUAUAAGGAUCGCGACCGUCUGGGACUGAUUUGCACUUUUACUGGAAGAAAUGUGAACUAAA